UUUUUUUUUGAUUGUCCGCGCUUUUAAGCUUUUCUCGGGUAUAACCCAAAUUGGGUAAAAUGCUAAAGAUUACCUCAGCGAACAAUUUUAUUUUUCCGUGUUUCGUUAAAUUUCGAAUUAUUAAGCAGUAUGGGUUGUGUGCAGGACUGUGGAAAUGUGAUGGCUGUCAAAAAUUGUAUUAUGCAAUGUCGAUUUUCACAGUAAUAUAAAUAGAAUUUCAAAUCCCAUAAUCUGAGAUAUUGAAUUGAGAAGUUAAAGUUAUUAUAUAUCAUUCACAAUAUUUAAUAUCAUUAGAAAAUAUACUACUAUGACUGCUACUAAGGGUGUUCCAUUAAAAGAUACUACUGUGUUUAAAACCAUUAAAGUUGGUAGAAAUGAAUUAGCUCAUAAAAUCGUUUUUGUUCCAACUACUAGAUUUAGAGCUUUAAAUGAUCAUACUCCAUCUGAUUUAGAAUUGAAAUAUUAUGGGGAUAGAUCUCAAUAUCCAGGAUCUUUAGUUAUCACUGAAGGUACUUUUGUUUCUGAUCAAGCUUCUGGUUAUCCAAAUGUUCCAGGUAUUUUCACUGAUAGUCAUGUUAAAGGUUGGAAACAUAUUACUGAUAAAGUUCAUGCUAAUGGAUCUUUUAUUUCUACUCAAUUAUGGAAUUUAGGUAGAGUUGCUAAUCCUCAAGUUUUUAAAGCUAAAGGGUUAGAUAUUGUGGCUCCAUCUCCUGUUUUUGAAGAUGAAAAAGCUGAACAAGAUGCUAAAGAUGCUGGUGUUAAAUUAAGAUCAUUAACUACUGAAGAAGUUAAAGAUUUGGUAGUAAAUGUUUAUACCAAUGCUGCUAAAAAAGCCAUUGAAGCUGGAUUUGAUUAUGUUGAACUUCAUUCUGCUCAUGGUUAUUUAUUAGAUCAAUUUUUACAACCAGUUACUAAUAAAAGAACUGAUCAAUAUGGUGGAUCUAUUGAAAAUAGAGCUAGAUUAAUCUUAGAAUUAAUCGAUCAAUUAUCUGAAGUAGUUGGUGCUGAUAAAGUUGCCAUUAGAAUUUCUCCAUGGGCAACUUUUGGUCAUAUGUUAGCUCAUAAAGAUGAAGUUCAUCCUUUAACUACUUUUUCAUAUUUAUUACAUGAAUUACAAAAGAGAGCUGAUGCUGGUAAAGAACUUGCUUAUGUCUCCAUCGUUGAACCAAGAGUAAGUGGUAUUAUUGAUGUUGCAACUGAAGAUCAAGCUGGUAAUAAUGAUUUUGUUUAUCAAAUUUGGAAAGGUAAAGUCAUUAAAGCAGGUAAUUUUACUUAUGAUGCACCAGAAUUUAAAUCUAUUAUUGAAGAAACUGCUGAUGAUAGAACUUUAGUUGGUUUCUCAAGAUAUUAUAUUUCAAAUCCUGAUUUAGUUAAUAAAUUAGCUAAUGGAUAUGAAUUAAAUCCUUAUAAUAGAGAUACUUUCUAUAAUAAAACUAAUUGGGGUUAUAAUACUUAUAGAACUCAUGAUGAAACUACUAUUUUCAAUGAAGAAGAAGAAAAUAAAGUGGUUGCUCAAGCCAUUAAAGAUUUAAAAAUCUAAAUUUAUCACGCCUUAUAGAAUUAUAUAUAUAUAUAUGAUAUAAAUACCUUUGUAUUAUAGUAACUAUAUUAUUGCGGUAAGGAUGUAGAUAUUUUUGGUUAUACCACAUUUUUUUCAGUAUCAAUAUCAAUAUCAAAAUCCGGG